GUCAGCUGACAAAAAGCGUUUGUCCUUAAUCUAAAAUCAGACUCCAGUAGGUGACUUCUCAGAUGCUGCUGUCUCGUCCGUCAUAAACUAAUCAAAAUGAAGUUCGCGGUUUUGCUGUUGGUGGUUGCUUCAGUAUGGACGGCCGAUGCUAUUGUUCGAAUUCCCUUGAAAAAGUUCCGAUCCAUAAGGAGGACCCUGACGGACUCAGGCAGGGGGGCGGAGGAUCUGUUGGCUGGCAACCAGAACCUGAAAUACAACCUAGGCUUCCCCUCCAGCAAUAGCCCAACUCCAGAAACCCUGAAGAACUACCUCGAUGCCCAGUACUAUGGAGAGAUUGGACUUGGUACCCCUGUGCAGAAAUUCACUGUCGUGUUUGACACGGGCUCUUCUAACCUGUGGGUUCCCUCUGUCCACUGCUCCCUCACCGAUAUCGCCUGCCUGCUUCAUCACAAGUACAACGGCGGCAAAUCCAGCACGUACGUGAAGAAUGGCACUGCCUUUGCCAUUCAGUAUGGCAGUGGGAGUUUGUCAGGGUACCUGAGUCAAGACACCUGCACGAUUGGGGACAUUGCCGUGCAGAAGCAAGUGUUUGGAGAGGCGAUCAAACAGCCUGGGGUGGCCUUCAUCGCUGCCAAGUUUGACGGUAUCCUGGGCAUGGCGUACCCCCGCAUCUCAGUGGACGGCGUGACGCCCGUCUUUGACAUGAUGAUGCAGCAGAAGAAAGUGGAGAAGAACGUCUUCUCUUUCUAUUUGAACAGAAACCCUGACACUCAGCCUGGGGGGGAACUGUUGCUGGGGGGCACUGACCCCAAGUACUACACCGGAGAUUUCCAGUACAUCAACAUCACCAGACAGGCUUACUGGCAGAUCCACAUGGACGGCAUGGCCAUCGGCAGUCAGCUCUCUCUGUGUAAGGGCGGGUGUGAGGCCAUCGUGGACACAGGCACCUCCCUCAUCACCGGCCCUGCGGCGGAGGUCAAAGCCUUACAGAAGGCCAUCGGAGCGCUGCCCCUCAUCCAGGGAGAGUACAUGGUAGAGUGCAGUAAGGUGCCUUCCCUCCCCACGGUGUCUUUCAUCCUGGGCGGCAAAUCCUACUCACUGACCGGAGAACAGUACAUUCUCAGAGAGAGCCAGGCUGGUAAGGAGAUUUGUCUGAGUGGUUUCAUGGCCCUGGACAUCCCCCCUCCUGCAGGGCCCCUGUGGAUUCUGGGAGAUGUAUUCAUUGGGCAGUACUACACUGAGUUUGAUCGCGAGAACAACAGAGUGGGCUUUGCCAAGGCCAAGUAGAGACAACUUUGCCUUAAGCAAUUCUUUAAAACGUAGAGAAGACAAACAGGGCGUGGAGCGGGGAUAGAAAAAGAUUUUAACAACUCCACAAAAUAUCACGCUCGCUGCUUGGAAAACAGAGUAGCAUUAAAGGUUGUGUUGUGUUUGCACUGUGCUUCCAUAGCUUGUAAAAGUGUUUUAAUUUUAAAAUAGGCUUUGUGAAGUCUAAAUGAAUCAGGGAUCGUCUUAAUUACUACAUGCUCGUGAAGUGUCAGAAAGACUGCAGAUGGUUUUAAUAUUUGUUUUUAAGGUCCGUUGGUUGACUUGUGAAUGACCUUUCAGCCACUGAUGGGUUUUGAUUGCAAAAUUUGCCUUUCAAAAUGUAUCAUUUCAGUGUGUACAAAUCUUAAUUGGACAUAAUAAAGUAAUUUCAAAAACGG